GUUAAGUUUGUAAUUUGUAAACUAAAAUAUAACCUCAAAAUUAUAAAAUAUUAGGCAUUUAAGUACGAUAGAAAAGGUUUGAAAUAAAAAAUUAACAAUAUGAAUAGAUACUUAUCAAGAAUUGUUAUAAAUAUACUUCAAAAUUCAACUCAAAAAAGCUUCCUGUGUACAAAUUCGUCGUUAAAAGUAAUGGCUCCGGUUAGCCUCUUAGCUAAUAAGAAAAGCGAGAUUUUCUAUAACAAAACAAAUAAAAUUCAACAUAAGAGCUAUUCUUUCGAUGCAGCACAACCUGCUUUAGCAUUAGAAAACGCAUCUAUGCCUUUAAAAAAGAAAAAUGUUCAUAAAAAGGCUGUGUUAGAGGAAGUGAGUCAGAAAGAGGGACAUUUUCUUACACUAGCUUAUGCAACAGCUAAUUCAUAUGACUUAAAAGGUCUAAAGGAAGCUUUGGUACAACAGAAGCUUUAUGAACCUGGAACACUGAAGGCACAAGAAGUUGGGGAUGUUGUUGUUGCUAAUGCUGUUUACACAAUAGGAGAUGAGCCAAGACAGAUUAUAUUCUUCAAAGAGGGAGCAGUUGUCUUCUGGAACUGCACAGAGCUGGAGGCCCAAAAUGUGCUGGAUUUUAUAAAACCGUUUGAAAUAGAGAGCUACCCGAGGGAAGUAGUGAACAGGGAGAGAGAAGUGAUGACCUACUUUUAUCAGACAAGUGCAAAGAGCUGUCACCUACUAGAAUCAUGUUUUGUGCUGGUUCCUCACGAUGAAAACUCUUUGGAGAAGUACACUUUCAGUCACGCUAUGGCCCAGUCAGCACGGCUGGGGGCGUGGGAAGCGCGGCUAGAGACUCUGGGUGCGGCUGUGAGGUCACACACAGUCCUCAUGGAGAAGGAGGGCGCCGCUAAAGUCGACAAGAAAGAGAUAGUUCGCAAGCUGGGAGAGCUGUUCUCCCUCCGGCAUCGUAUCAACGUGGACUCGGAUCUGUUGGACACGCCCGACUUCUACUGGGAGGAAGAGAAUCUCGAGCGGCUCUACUCCAACACUGUCGCGUACUUCACAAUCCCGCGCCGGACCAGGGUGCUGAACGAGCGGUUGUCCCACUGCGUGGAGCUUCUGGAACUGCUGUCGUCGUGGGCCGCGGACCGACACCACGUGCGCCUGGAGUGGAUGGUGAUCGCUCUCAUCAUGGCCGAGGUCUGCUUCGAGCUGCUGCACUACUUCGAGAGGUAUAGCGGCACAUCGGGCUCAACAUCUUUGCACCCGAAACACAUUCCCGGGAGUCUUUAGGAAGGAGAGGAGGUUGCCGAGAUUUCUGGAGGACUUGGGGUGCCAGGAAUGACAAAUAUAUUACGACACUCGCACAAUACGAGCACACUGCGGAAAUUAGCUUAUUUAUACCAUACCAACGGAUCGAAAGGGAAACAUUUUUUAAUGAAUAUUAUGAUAAAGUUCAUAGAAUUUCUGUAUGAGCUUGUAAUAGAUA